UUUACAUUUUUACGCGGUUAACUUGUGAAUUUCCGACUAAUUCAAAGCCAACAAAAAGGAACUUAUUAACAAUGGCAAUGAACAGAUUCAUGCACCCACGAAACAUAUAUAAAGUGCCACCAGAUUAUACUGAACUAGCGAUAAAAUAUCCCGAUUUUCGUAAAGUUUGCAGACUUGAACUUGAUGGCAGUGUCAGCGUGGAUAUGAAGUCGGAAAACACACUCAAAGUUCUCACAAAGUGCCUGCUGUCUCGUGAUUUUGAUUUAGACGUUGAUUUCCCCGAUAAUCACCUCAUCCCGACUGUGCCGCUCAGAUUGAAUUACAUUCUAUGGCUGGAAGACAUAAUGAAUCUUCUUCAGAUUUCAGACAGGAUGCCCUCGGGUAUUGACAUAGGAUGUGGAGCUUCAUGCAUCUAUUCCCUGCUGGCAGCGAAGAAAAAUAACUGGCGAAUGAUAGCGCUUGAAAUAAAUCCCACAAAUCUUCAUUACGCCCGUGAGAAUAUCAAACGAAAUGAUUUAACUAAUUUGGUGAGUGUAUUCCAUCAGGCGAAUGCGAAAGUAAUCUUCAAAGAUUUCCUAGCAACAGUCGACGUGAGCGAACGAUUCGAUUUCUGCUUAUGUAAUCCACCUUUCUUUGAGCCUGAUUCACAAAAGCAGUCAACAGAUAAGAAGGAAUACAGAAGGCCUGCCGCGAAUGAAUCCACAGGUAUAGACGAUGAAACAGCAUGCGAAGGUGGCGAGGUGGCUUUUAUAAGGCGAAUCUUUGAAGAAAGUUUGUUAUUUAAGGAUCGUAUUAGGAUUUAUACCACAAUGCUGGGCCAGAAAACCUCAUCGAUAUCCAUAUUAAAACUUUUGAAAGACAAUCAAAUUACAAACUUUACCCAAACAGAGUUCUGUCAAGGCAACACAACUCGUUGGGGCUUGGCCUGGACAUUCGAUCCCAGCAUCAUUUUACGUUCUGUUCCUUCACCCACUGCCGGGCUCCUCCAUAAACCAGUCAAAUCAUUUACUUACAACUUUCAAACUUCUAAAAGUUUUAUGGAUUGUACAUCGUAUCUAGAUAAAAUUUUCUCAGAUCUUCGUUUAAAUUUAGAAAGAACAUCAUUAUCAACGUUGUCAGAUACACAAGCAUUUUCCGGCCAAUCGUUAUCUCUUUUGGCUAAAGCCUACGCUAACCACUGGACAAAUAUACGACGGAAACGACGGUUGGGGGAGAGCACAAACGAUGUUGUGGAUGUCGAAGGAGGUGAUGGUAAGCGUCCUGGUUCGAGUAAAGAUGCAAUAAGUCCUAUUUUGACUUUUGAAAUUUGUAUGCUUUUUGAUAAUGAAAAUAAAACAUUUACAGUGAAAUUGAUAUACUUGGACGGUAGUGCAGGUGUCAGUGGAUUAUAUCAACUGUUCCAAUUCCUGAAAAAUUAUCUGAAACCUCUGGAAGAAGUAAAAUAA